GGAGUCUCCUGCUUUCCGUAGGACCCCAGCUCAUAAUCAAAAGGCAUUCACCCCAAAUCCGGUUUUUUUUUUCAAUCGGGAGAAGCUUUCUCGCGACUCAUCGGAAAACCCUCCGUUUGUUCGAUCCAAGAUAAGGGCCUUCGAUUGAAUCUAUGGACGGGAAUAAAGAUGAAGCUUUCAAGUGCUUUGAGAUAGCUAAAGAUUCAAUCCAAUCUGGUAACAGAGAAAGGGCUCUGAAAUUCAUGAACAAAGCUAAGCGUUUAGACCCAAACCUCGAAAUUGAUGAUCUGUUGUCUAAGCUUGAUUGUUCCCAAGCUGAGAAUAAAUCCCCUGACACACCCACCAACAAGGACUCUCCCGUUUCUCCAAACCCAUCAGAAAGUGGGACUCGCCGAAGGAGUUCAGUAAAGAGGGAGGCAGGGCCGUCCUCUUCAUCCGAGAACGGGGCUAUCUACACAGAGGAACAAGUCACAAUUGUGAAAGAGAUUAAGAGGAAGAAAGAUUACUAUGAGAUUUUGGGAUUAGAGAGGAGUUGCAGUGUGGAGGAUGUCCGCAAAGCAUAUAGAAAGCUGUCUUUGAAGGUUCACCCCGAUAAGAACAAUGCCCCCGGAUCUGAAGAGGCAUUCAAGAUGGUUUCCAAGGCUUUUCAGUGUUUGAGUGAUGAUGAAAGCCGGAAAAGGUAUGAUCUUGUAGGUGAAAAUGAUACACCUGCUUAUGAGAGGCGCACAACUAGGCACCAUCACACUGGUGGAAGGCAUGGGUUCUACUAUGAUGAUGUUGAUGCCGAAGAAAUUUUCAGGAAUUUCUUUUUCGGAGGAAUGAAUCCUGUAGCAGCAACUACCCAUUUCAGCUUUGGUCCCGGGGUGGGAGUGCGUGUUGGUGGACAUAAUGGAUCCAACGGGCUUGCCCGGACUUUGAUUCAAUUUCUGCCCGUGUUAUUGAUUCUGCUGUUGAACUUUUUGCCCUCUUCGGAUCCCAUUUAUUCUUUCUCAAGAUCAUAUCCAUAUGACCAACUCUUCACAACACGACGGGGCGUGAACUAUUACGUGAAGCCAGGGAAGUUUGAGCAGGAAUAUCCUCCUAGCACCCCAAAACGUGUGAAACUUGAAGAAGGGAUCGAGCGUGAUUAUUUCAACAACCUUGCUUAUAACUGCCGCCUUGAAGUCCAGCAAGUCCACUGGGGCUACAGACAAGCAACACCGAAUUGUGAUACGUUGAAGAAGUUCCAGGCUGUGGCUUGAUGGUAGCCAUUCUCAAGAUUCACAGUUUGUCACAAUUGCUGUUUUUGUUUUUUGUGUCUAGAAUUACUUUAGCACGGCAUGUGCAAACUCCAAAUAUGACACGUUAUUUUUUACUUUAAGAUGAUGGUAGAUCUUGGCAAGAGGUUAUGGCUUGGAGUGGAUGAAGAAUGCUUGUUCUUGAAAACGGAUGUGUCAUUAGUAGUCAUUGCCUAAAAUAAUUUAUAGGUCAUUGUAUUAUACGACAUGACAAUAUUUUUUUCUCAGAUUGUUCACUGUUUCAUAAGUUUUCGUGUGCGUUUUACUCUAUGUUAUUUACUCGUAUAACUUUAUGCUAAUGUCCAUGAGUAUUUGCCAGCCCAUAGUUAUCGUGCGUUUGCUUUUCCUCUGCCAGGAACACGAUUUCAUGCCAGGAUUGAAUUCCCUCAAAAUUUGGUGCCUAAUUGCAUCUCCACAUUGCUGCGGUUUGGCAGCAAAAAAUUAGGGUCAAUUUGUGCAAGGAGUUGCUCCAUGGAGGAAUCUAAUUCUUUUCCAAAGGAUGAAAGUAUAAAGAUCCACGUGUUUG